UGCCAGACUCAGACGCAGGUGAAGAGAAGGCAGGAGAAACCUCCACACAGGGCAGCAAGUGGAAUGUCUGCAUGAAAGACCCGAGAAUCCUCAAGGCAACAGGACACCCAUUGGAAACGCAGGAGUGUUCGUUGACGAGAUAAAAAAGAUCAUAUGAAAAUGGCAGUUGACGACGAUGGCGAUGUUCUCCCUGACCGGGAUGCAGCAAAGGGAUUCUAUGCCAAGUAUGAGCCCAAAGAAGUACUUGGACGAGGUGGUUGUUCUGUUGUCCGGCGCUGCAUUGAGAAAGAAACAGGUCAACAGUUUGCUGCCAAGAUCAUUGACCUGAGUGACUCCUCCACCGAUGAGGUUUAUGAAGCCACAAUGCGAGAGGUUGAGGUAUUGCGACUGGUAGCUGGACACCCUUACAUCAUUGAACUACAUGAUGUAUUUGAGUCGUCUACUUUCAUCUUCUUGGUGUUCGAAUUAUGCGAGCAUGGAGAACUUUUCGAUCAUCUGACAACUGUUGUCACCCUCUCAGAGAAGAAAACAAAAGUGAUUAUGCGACAAUUGCUCGAAGCUCUUGCACAUGUCCAUGGCAAGGGAAUUGUACAUCGUGACUUGAAGCCAGAAAAUAUUCUCCUAGAUGAUAACUACAAUAUUAAACUUACAGACUUUGGUUUUGCGAAGGUCUUAGCUCCGAGCGAAACACUCACAGAACUGUGUGGAACACCAGGCUAUCUAGCUCCUGAGUUACUGCGGUGCAAUAUGAUCGAGGGUUCACCUGGAUAUGGCCAUCCAGUUGACUUAUGGGCAUGUGGUGUAAUAAUGUACACUCUCUUGGUUGGUUGUCCACCAUUCUGGCAUCGGAAACAAAUGGUGAUGAUUCGUAAUAUAAUGGAAGGGAAGUAUUCCUUCCAGUCGCCUGAGUGGGAUGAUAUCACAGAUGCUCCAAAGGACCUCAUAUCAAAACUCCUGGUGGUGGAACCUUCAAAGCGCAUCACUGUCCAAGAAGCCUUAGCUCAUGACUUCUUCCAGAUUCUGCCUAGCCGGAGUCAAAUUAUUGGGGUCACUUUGGUGGAAAAGCAAUACAAAGGCCGUCCAUUCAAUGCCAAGAAGAUGUUCCAGUUUGGCAUCAUGUGUGUGCGUGCGGUGAUUCGAAUCCAAAGACUUCGUUUUACGCCCGAACCUGUGUCUCUCGCCGUCACCCGGGUUGAUCCAUAUAGGAUUAAGGCUCUACGCAAGGUUAUUGACAACUGCGCUUUCCGUGUUUAUGGCCACUGGGUGAAGAAAGGAGAGGGACAAGACCGUGCUGCACUUUUCCAGAACUACCCCAAGCUCGAUUUUCCUCGCAGUCCAAUGGAAGCGCCCCUCAUUGUUGGCCAGUCGUAAAAGGAAAACAUGUUAUAUCAAAGAUCAUCACUUUUGUAGCAUAUAUUUUAUCUUGUACUUUCCUUUGAAAACCUUUAAUGUUAGUAGAUCAGAAAUUUCACCUGGACAUAGAGAAAAAGUUUUCUUCAUUUGCUUCAUUUCUUUUGGCUUUUUUAAUGACUCUGCAGAUGUAGCCCCUUGGCCGGAUAUCUGUUGUGUGUCAGAUAUUAUUAACAUAAUUUAUUAACCUUCUUUCAGGAAGCAGUUGAUUUUUAACCUCUCUCUUUUUUAUUAUCUGCCUCAAAAGUAGGGCAGUAGCACAAGCAUUGAUAUCACUUAUGUGACCUUAGUAAAGUGUGUUAUCAGAGGAAUUAAUUUUAGUAUGUAUAUAUAUACACACAGUUACAUGUGGAUUAAACAUGAAAAUAGGAAAAUGAUUCUCAUAUGAUUGGAAUGGUCAAAAGAUAACAAGUAGAGAAAUAAAGGCAUUUUGUAAAUUUAUUCAUGACAGCAAUAAUGAUCUAUUGUGAUUGAUUUUUAAAUCUGAUUGAUUUUUAUUUUACAGGAAUUGUUUGAGUUGUAAGUGAAAAAAAUACCCAAGGCUGAAGGAUGUCUAUGCAAAAUUUAGUUUUAUGAAUUUUGAUGCAGCAAUGCUAAUUUGGCUCAUUUUAUUGUAUUUUUGUACAUAGUAUAGGAUGUAUGGCAUUGCCUUUUGCCUUUUUGGGGAAAAUUGCAAGAUUUGUGAUGGCAUUUGGAUGAUCAGUCUUUUCUGUUAUUUUAAGACAUGAUUUGAAAUACUCGUAACUCUGCUCUUUGAAGUGUUACCUUGAGUCUUUGAUAAAAGAAGAAUUCCAUGAAAACUUUUUUCAUUUCAAUAGAAUUUUUUUAAUCAUGUAGCUGUAGUAAUAUGAUUAGUCUGUCUUUAUAUUUCCUAGAUUGUAUUUUCUUCAUAGCGUAUUAUUGAUAGUUUAUCCAAUAAUCUACCUAAUUCAUAAAUAUAAAGGUCCAUUUAAAGGCUUCUGUUUAGAAAACUAGAAAAUCAUAUGGUUUUGUUCUUAAAAAAAUGUUGAGUGAGUUUAAUGCUCUUUUACCUAGAUGUAUGUUAAGGUUUUAUUUAUCAUUUAGUAUUAUCAUUAUUUCUUGAAUAUUAGAAACUUUUUUUUUUUUUUUGUCAUCAGAUGCUUGUAUUCACUUAAACUUUUUUCUCCUAUUUCUUUUUUAUGAUUUAUUAUCUUAUUUUAUUUCAAUGGCACAAAGGAAUCCAGUCAUAUUUGAAUUUAUGUUAUCACAUUCCUUGCCUCAUACAUUUAAGAUUUAAGGAAAGUUGAAGCUUCAUUUCUCUCUCCCUUUUACCCCCGUUGCUCCCUUUUUGUUGUUAAAUAAUGAUAAGCUUUAUUUAUUAGUAAUUUAAAAAAGUGUUUUACAUUUUAAGAACAUACCUGAAAGCCAUGAUUUUUUUUUUAUAGUAUUAUACUUUUAGAACUUUGGUCAUAGUAUUGACUUCCUUAGAUGAGCAGGAUCCAUUAUGCUUCACACAGAACCAAGUCUUUGUACAGUUUCACUAUCACUAUUUUCUUUAGUGAACAUUAUUGAAUAAUGUGUGUGCAUAAUCACAUCUUUCUCUCCAGUGAGAGUAAGUGCUAAAUAAAGAUUAUGAUAAUACAAAGAAUUGCAUUGCAUGGACAAGAAUAUCACAUUAAUGAUAACUGAUUUAGACAGGAAUUACUGUAAGUUGAUGAAGUAAGUUUUUUUAUUGAUGAAAGUGAUAGUAUAUAUUUUAAAAAUAAAUGUUGUGAUUGCCAACAAUUAUCUUUAUGUUGGAUUAAAUAUAAUAUUAUUUACAUUUUUGACAAAGAUUUGCAUAAUAUGUUUUCUGAGAAUUCAUUUUAAGGACAAAAUGUAUAACCUCUUAAUUGUAAUUUAU